UAUGGACCCCAGUGCAAGUCCAUUGGAAAAGGAAGCUGCAACAAUGUAGUAGUUACCGGCAGUCCCAUGACAGUUCAACAGCUGGGACCUGUUUCACCUCCUGCUAAUCAGGUUUUGACAGCAUGCAACCAGAUCAGCCCUAGCUUACAGAGGUCUCUGGAUGCUUCCAGCCUGAGUGGUUCUCCAUCAGAUACAAGGUCACUCUUGUCACAUGAGUCUCUGGCCUCUACUACGUCAAGCUUGUCAGAAAGUCAGUCCGCUUGGAGUGUUAAGCAAGAGUGGUCACAUGGGUACAGGACACUUCCUCCUGACCAAGGUUUGCAAAAUGGCAGUGAGCUUGGAGACUUACUAAAUUUUUCACCCAGAACAUCUGUGUCCAGUAACUGUGUCUCUGACUCUUUACCGUCCUACUUACAUGGCAUGGAAAAUAAGCAUUCCCCUUACUCUAGUCCUCGCCAUUUCUCAGCGCUCUCUCAAUCAGCCCGCUCCAAAAAGAGAGCACUCUCUUUAUCUCCCCUGUCUGAUGGCAUUGGGAUUGACUUCAAUACAAUCAUCCGUACAUCCCCAACCUCUCUAGUGGCUUAUAUCAACAGCUCCAGGACAUCACCAGCGAACAUCUCCCCACAGCCUGAGGUCUAUGGGCAUUUUUUGGGAGUGAGAGGAAGCUGUAUACCCCAAAACUGCUCUAUUCCAACUGCCCAGAAAGGCCUUUUCAUGGCUAAUGGCAAUGUCACCCUCCCAGGGUAUGUUGAGAAUGGGGCUGGUGAGUACCAGCGGAUGCAGCAGCUGGAGCAAGCCAGCUUGCAAAUGGCCAGCACAAGUAACAUGGUGAUCCAGCAGGGUGUGCCGCCUCUGGACAACCAGGCGGUGGGUGUCCUGAAAAAUGAAUGGCUGGAUGACUUCUCAGGCCAUAGAGUUGACAUGCCUCCUCCACCUCUGCUGCCACCGCCUCCUCCACAAGGGCCACCGCCACCAUACCAUGCUCAUCAGCACCGGCAUCCAUACAGCCUCCCCAGUCGCAUUCGCCCGCUGCCUCUGCCUCCUCCUGCCCCAGGCUCCCUACUUGACGAAGAUGGUGAGCUAGACGGCUUCAAUGGCAAGCAUGGCUGUCGCUGGGUUGACUGCGGUGUGCUGUAUGACCAGCAAGAGGAACUUGUGCGGCAUAUAGAGAAGAUCCAUAUAGACCAGAGGAAGGGAGAGGACUUCACUUGCUUCUGGGCAGGGUGCCCACGAAGGUACAAGCCGUUUAAUGCCCGUUAUAAACUGCUGAUUCACAUGAGAGUCCACUCAGGAGAGAAGCCGAACAAAUGCACA